AUGUCUACUACCACCACCAAUCUCCAAGAGAGCAGAGACCCAUUUGCAAACAAACGGCCAUCGGCUCGCAAGAACAUUGGAGCCAAUCGCCGCCCACCUCACCCCUCGAAUCCUAAUCAGAACUCCAGUCGAAAGCAAACCAAAGCCCCGGCGUCUGGCGGCAGCAAUCCCAAGAAAUCAUCCUCCCACGGUGCCCUUGACUUCAUCGACACCCUCGAUACUAUUGGUGGUUUCCAUCAUGAUGGUCCUUUCGAUGCCGCCUCAUCCCAUCGUAACCGACACAUGAACUCUAAGAACCCAUCCCGCCAAGCCCCUAUGGCUGCCUUUGAUCCUUCAGCCCUCAUCUUACCACCCCCACCACCCGCCUCAGCUCCUGCACCGGUCUCACUCGCCUCACAAGAUCACGUUUAUCCCCCCGCUAUCCCACGACGUGCCUCAGAUAACACGAUGCCAGUCAGUAUGGGUUACCCAGCUGGGACCAUUGCUGCGGACCCCAAGGCGGCCCGACUGGCUGAAGCGUUUGGUAUUCAAGGCAAGGAGGCCUGGGAAGACUUCGGAAUGGAACAUGCCAUCGAGGAAGGUAGCACAGGUGGGGGCGGUCUGCUCGGUCAUCGGCGCGGGACAAGUCGUGAACAGCGUGAUGCGAAAUCGGCCAGUGUUUGGGACAUGGAGGAAACGCUCAAGUCAGGUAAACCGGUACCAUCAGCUUAUACUCCCAGGUCGGAGGCUUCGGCGCGAGGAGCAAAUGGAGAACUAGAGCGUCAAGCGACCAAUGCGGCCCAACUGAAGCGAUCCAAGUCCUUGAUGCAACGGAUCAGAAGGGGUCAAGUCGCCCAACCUACCGAUGGAGAUGCUCUCCUCGUCGAUAUCUGGGGACUCCACGAAUACGAGGAGCUUCGUUCGAUUCCUCCGAGCUUUAGCAUGACUAUUUGA